UGGGCCAGCCGCAGCUCCGAGCGCAAGAGCCGGGAGCAGCAGCAGCCUUCGCACUCCACGCCGACGCCGCUCUUGGUGGGCAGACUGAGCAGCGGCUGCAGGGGGUUGGGAGUCGCCUUGUCCCUAGGCCAAGCACACCAUGGCCCGUGGAAGCGGCGGCGGCGGCUGCAGCAGCAGGAGAGGCUAAAGGAGGCGCGCUCCCUUUAGUCGGCUGCGGCACUCCGCAGCGCCCCGAGAGCCCCGCCGGACUCCCCCUCCGCAGCCCAGGAAGAUGGAUGCGGGCCCCUCGCCGGGCGCCAGUCUCAAGGAUGUGAAGUGGAGCUCCGUGUCCGUCCCUCUGGACCUGCUGAUCAGCACUUACCGCCUGCCCCAAGUCGUCAGGCUGGACGGCGGAGAAUCUAUAGAAGGUCUUCGAGAGAGUGAUUACCUUUUGAUUCAUUCAUGUCGGCAAUGGACAACAAUUACAGCUCAUAGUCUGGAGGAGGGCCAUUAUGUCAUAGGGCCAAAGAUAGAAAUCCCUGUGCAUUAUGCUGGGCAGUUUAAGCUGCUGGAACAAGACCGUGAUAUUAAAGAGCCAGUGCUGUACUUUAACAGUGUGGAGGAGGUGGCUAAAGCGUUUCCUGAACGAGUUUACGUCAUGGAGGAAAUAACAUUCAACGUUAAGGUUGCUUCCGGUGAAUGCAAUGAGGAUACUGAGGUUUACAACAUCACACUCUGCACUGGGGAUGAGCUAACUUUAAUGGGACAAGCAGAAAUUCUUUAUGCAAAACCCUCAAAGGAAAAGUCACGGCUCAACACCAUUUUCAAAAAAAUCGGGAAGCUGAAUUCCAUCAGCAAAUUAGGCAAAGGAAAAAUGCCAUGUCUGAUAUGCAUGAACCACAGGACCAACGAAAGCAUCAGCCUUCCCUUCCAAUGCAAGGGCCGGUUCAGUACACGCAGCCCUCUGGAGUUGCAGAUGCAAGAAGGCGAGCAUACGAUCCGCAAUAUUGUAGAAAAAACGCGACUGCCUGUGAAUGUGACUGUGCCAAGUCCUCCUCCAAGAAAUCCUUACGACUUGCAUUUUGUUCGUGAGGGGCACCGGUACAAAUUUGUGAACAUUCAGACUAAGACUGUGGUGGUUUGUUGUGCUCUGCACAGUAACAAAAUUAUUCCAAUGCAUUUCCCUCUACACUUGGCUCUUCCAAAAUUUGCCCUCCCAGAAAGUCUUGUGAAAGGGGAGAUGUGGCAUGAUGACUUUGUCAAGCACUGGUUUGGCCUUUGUGAAGAGCAGUUUGAUAUAGAUGAAUAUUCCCGUGCUGUGAGAGAUGUAAAAGCAGAUUGGAAUGAAGACUGCAAAAGUCCCCAGAAAAACAGAUGUGCUGCCCACAAUCAUGUGCCCAGCUCUCUUAGCUAUGCUCGAGAUGAAUUGACACAAUCCUUCCACCGUCUCUCAGUGUGUGUUUAUGGAAACAACUUGCAUGGGAACAGUGAAGUGAAUCUUCAUGGUUGUAGAGAUUUGUGUAAUGAGUGGGCUUUAUUUUCUCAUGAUGCUUUACAGUACCAGGACUCAGGUGAUGGUAGCAGCGACUACCUUUUCCCCGAAGUUAGUGAAGAAUCUAUGUGUUUACCUGCCAAGCCAGAACUUCCUUAUGAAGAGCUGUGGCUGUAUCAAGGGGGCGGGAAAACAAGCGAUCAGCCUCUUACUCGCACACACAGUGAAAAGAACAAAUAUGACAGUUAUCGGAGCUCUUUCCGGUCCAAGUGUGGUACUUCAUCUCUUCCAGCACCUGCCCCUUCAACAGCAGCAUCAAAAUCUUCAGAUGUUUCCCUGCCUCCACCACCUGUGCCUCCAAAGUCUGAAGCAGUUAGAGAGGAAUGCAGACUCCUGAAUGCGCCACCUGUCCCACCACGAAAUUCAAAGGCCACGUCGACAAGUCCUUCCAUUCUUCCACGAAUGAAAAAACCAGCACAGCAGCAGACUCGUUCUCCCAGUCCAACACUCUCGUACUAUUCUUCAGGGCUUCACAGCAUUACUUCAGAAGAAGAAACAGAACACUUCACGGAAAGUGGCCCUGUUGCUUGCUAUCCAUGUGGCACUGUGAAAGCCGACCAGAAGGAGCUUGGCAGCAAAUUGCCUUUCGGAAGCCCCUCUGCUGAUGCCCUGUCCUCCAGACUGUCAUGGCCAAAUCAUUUUUCUGGAGGGGCUGAAGACCUUAAUAGGAGUGAUUUUCUAUUAGAUCCAAGCAGGAGUUACAGUUAUCCGAGACAGAAGACCCCUGGCACACCAAAGAGAAACUGUCCAGCACCUUUUACUUUUGACUUCAACAGAUGUGAACUUCCUGCAGGGGCAACACUGCCAGUCAUGGCAGAGAUUGAAUGUGUUGUUUCUAGUUGCCCCAAGUCUGCAAGUUACUCUCUUGAAUGCACUGAUGAGAAAACUCUUGCGGUAAGUAGCACACUGCAGUCUCUCUCAUGCCCUGCCUUACCUCCACGUGCACCAAAACCAGGGGACGAAAAGCCAAGUCUUAACCUGUGUCCCCUGCCUCUUGAAAUAGAUGGUGCUGAAGAGCAGCCUGCCACAAGUUCACCAGAUCUUUCAGAAGAUCAGUAUCAUAGUAAAAAGGGCAUGCAGGACUCAUUUGCAGUUUCCUAUCCUUUCUCAUCUCCCCUUCAUCUUCAGCUAGCACCAAGAUCCUGCGGUGAUGGCUCUCCUUGGCAGCCUCCUACAGACUUGUCUGGUCUAUCUAUAGAAGAAGUUUCUAAAUCACUAAGAUUUAUAGGCUUAUCAGAAGAUGUAGUGUCAUUUUUUGUUACUGAGAAAAUUGAUGGCAACUUGCUUGUUCAGCUCAACGAAGAGAUCCUUUCUGAAGACUUCAAGUUAAGCAAACUACAAGUUAAGAAAAUAUUGCAGUUUAUUAAUGGCUGGCGGCCUAAAAUGUAGCACUAAACCGAUCAACAAGAUUCAGAGAGAUGUGCUAGAAGCUCCAGAGCUAACAGUAUCUCCCAUUUUUGCACUAAAAUCUUUGUGUGUGUGUGUGUGUAAAUAGUAGCAGGAAAAAAUCUUACUAUGCAUAUACUUUAAGUGGUGAGUAGACUUUUUCUACAUAGUGGAAGCAUAAAGGUGUGCCUUGUGCAUCCCUGAACAUUCAGCAGCUGCUAAACAGUCGACAUGAAAGGGAAUUUAAUUUGUACUUACAUAGUUUGUUGAGUCAUAUAUUUAUUUUUAUUGAUUAGACAAUGCUAAGCAGCACAGAAAUCAGUUUAAUUUUGUGUUCUUAUCAAUAAAUGCAUUUCCUCUGGGAUUUUUAUUUUUAUUCUGAAGGCUUCCUUUACCUUGCCUUCAGUGUUGCUUCAUCCAGUGGAAAAUGUUCACUUCCCCUUCUAACAGUUCUGUUUUCUUGAAAUGCCACCUGUAAAAUGCACAGGUAUGAAAUCUUUUUUGGCAACUUAUUUAAACAUGGG